UAAUUGUCAUCUGUCAAUAAUAUUUUGUAUUGGUUGCAUUUUGCAUAUCAACUUUCAAGCGCACUUCCUAAUUUUAUUCUUAUUUAAUUCAGUUGUAAAUUAUGAACGGGAAAUGAGAGGAGAUUGUCAAGGGAACAUAGUAGGUUUCUUAUAUAAUUCAAACAUAUUCGAUUUUAUGUUUUAUUAACAUUAUUAGAUCACUGUAACGAAGCGUUAAACAAGUUUUAUGUAGGCGGUGUUGAUGUGUCCAAACAGUGGAAUGUUGUGGAUUGUGUGGAUUAGAUGAUCCGUUAAGUUGUUGAUCCAGCAAUAUGCACGAAUUGCUGAAGCACGUGCUUACUGAGCGCGAUCUCACUCGUGCAGGGGACAUAUUUGCAAUUCCUGAUUCUGACAUCGUCAACGAUAUCAACGAAGUCUUAAAACAAAUUACAGAAAUUUCCUCCAGACCUGAUUACAUUCGUAAUGAUAGAGACCAGGCUUUGAUUGAAAUAUGUGUUACAAGAGUAACAUCCUGCAUCAAAGAGACAGGAACUUUGGCAAAAUACUGUAGUGCACUUGUUGCUUUGCUAGAGUCCUGUCUUCAUCAUAAUCUUAUGCCUGUUGGACAUCUAAGAGAUGAUGAUCCACCACAUGCCAAAAUUGCCUCAGAUGUAAUAUCUUGUAUUGUCCUUGUAUCAUUCCCUUUACAAUCUGACAAGGAGACAAGCAGUACUGCUGAAGUUAUGGAGUUAUUUCUUCCUGUAGCUGUGCAGUUCUUGCAUAAGGGAAACCGUGAGAUAUCUAGACAUAUGGCUAGAUAUUUGUCAUUAGCGGCUGUCCAUCAUGCAGUACUUUUGAAACCACAUGUACAAACAAUUAUGGACUCUAUUAUGUCUGGCAACUACCCUCUAUGUCGCAUUCUAACAAAUCUAUAUGAAGUGUGUCCUGAGCCGCUUGAGGGGCAUGUAACUGCUUUAGUAGCAUUGCUUCCUCAUGCGGAACCAGUGGAGAAAAGUUCGCUUUUUGGUUUAUUUGAGCAAAUUGCAUCAAGAAGGCCAGAAGGUUUAAAGACUGCAGUACCGCAGUUGUUGUCAUAUUUAUGCCCGAACACUGCACCGCAAAAUGACCCAGGUUGCAUGUGCAUUGAUCUUCUUCAGGUGAUAGCCAGCGUGAGCGCCAGCCGCCCUUCCCUAGUGGUGGAGCAGACGGGAGUGAUAAAGCGCGCCGCCCGCCCGCCCCACGCCAGCCCUCAAAGCGCUGCCCUUAUCGCCACUAUACUGGCUCGUCUUGGAACCACUAGUCGGGAACGAGCUCAAGAAGCCUUAAACUUUGUAGUUGAACGGCUUCAUGGAGCGGAAUGGUCGGAGCAAGCGGGCCUAAUCCGAGAAGCGACCGCGCUUUGCACUGCUUACCCUGCCUUAUUUACUGAUAGACUUCUUGCCGCUUUACGAGCUAACCAUGGUAAUCGCCCAAAAUCAACACAUGGCGAGAUAAACCGAACCUCGGGUGGUGUAACCAUCGUUAAACUUAACCAGAAUUCCAACGACAUAAUAACAAGGCCAAUAACCGGGCCCCCAGGUCCCGUUGCCCUGGGACCCUCGGGCAAUACUGGCACUCCGGCGGUAAAUACUGGGGCCCCAGUAGGAUACACGAGAAGGGCUAAGUUAGGCGAUUCCCGAAGUACGGGUAGAUUACACCCGGGGCCUAAUUCUCAUAGGAGCAUGACAAGAUUGAAUGUUGCUGUUCCAAACAAAAACAUCGUGAGCAAAGCUAUAAGCGGUGCAACUCAGGGCUCGACAUCAACAACUUCGCCCCCCUUUUCGUCUCAAUCAAUAUCGGUAAACCCACUUAUUGGCAAAUCAUCAGACAUCACUCCCAUAACCUCCUCGGUCUCCAUCCAACAUUCCAAUACAGCUCUCGGCCAAGUAUCAGUCAUCAGCUCGCACACGGGACCAAUUUUGACCCAAAUAGGGUCAAACCCGGUCUCCAUAUCCGGCCCGGUGACAGUGACGUCCCGUAGAGCGAAUAAUACGAGUGUGACUAUGAUAAAUACAAAUAAUAGUGAUGGGAAUCAUCGAAUAUCGGUUUUUGAGCCUUACCCGAUGCGGGAUACUGUACAACACUUCUGCGAGAAGCAUUUGGAUAAGAUUAAGGCUUAUAUGGAUAAUGUGUCCAUGAGGAUACCACCACCUGCCAAGUGCACUAUAGAAGAGCGUCGUUCCAAAAAGCAAGCACGCCUACAAUUCGCUUGCGGGCGUCGCGGCCCUCAUUGUUUGUACGCACGCGGUGCGUUCUCGCUACGUACGCGCGCGCCCCGCGUAUGGAUACAUCUCAUGUUCCUGGCGUUACAGGCAAGGCACACGGCUGCCUUGUCCUCGAGAGACCCAACAGUGGCCAGUCUCAAACAUUGCUGGGAUAUACUCAAGUGUGAGAACAAGACGUUUCUCACACUCGUCACGAGCGCUUUUCCUGGGUUAAAGGAACAAGAAAUGCUGGUGAACGAGUUACGCGCGGCGGGUUUUUUUGAUGUAUUCGAAGUGAGUGCCGGGGGGGCAUGGGGCUGUUUCCUUUGUACCCACCCAGACAGGGCUGUUGGCUUUCUGGCAGCAGAUGGCCAACCAGUUAUAGAGGGACAGUUGAAAGAGAAAAAGGGGAGAUGGAGGCUGUUUAGACGGUGGCGAACUCGGUACUUCACAUUAUCAGGAGCGCAUCUCUCUUGUAAAGGAUCGAGCGGGGGAGAAAGCAUAGACAUCAACCAGAUCCGGUCAGUAAAAGUGUCUCGCGGUGCCAGAAAUAUCCCGAAAGCGUUUGAGAUUUUUACCGGAGAUCAAACUCUGAUCCUCAAGCCCAAAGAUGGUAAGAAUGCCGAGGAAUGGGUGCAGUGCCUCAGUAUAGCUGUCGCUCACUCGCAAGCGAGAGAUGCGCCCGCUAAGGCCAACAGCUUGCCUGCUAGAGGUCUCACUCUUAAGAGCUUCUAAUUCAUCAAGCCUGAAUCAAUAUUGAUUAAUUUAUGUAGUUUAUAGAGAAUCAGCAGGCCUACUCUAUUGUGUAAUCAUUGAAUGGAUCAUCAAUAAUUAUGUGAGCACUGAAGUUUCGCUAAUGUAACUUUGAAUAGCGGAGUGUAGUAUUGGAAUUGAAAUCGCUAGUAAUUACGGAGUAAGCCUGCUGGACAUUUUGUUCGACAUUUUGGUUAAUUGUGAAGAAAAUUAGAUAUCUUUAUAACCAGGUUGAUGGUGCUAAUUCUGGUGGUAAUUCAAAAUACUUUUCCAUAUUAAAUAAUGUAGAUAAAAGGAAUAAUUGUAAUCAUGUAGCAAAAUGGGUUUAUUAAAAAAAUGUAAAUACAAAAUUUGCUACGUUCAGGAAUCAAAUGAUUUAAGAACCGUUCAAAAUAUAGUUUAUUUUAGUUUUAAUUGAUGUGAAAGACGGGUUUUGUUCUGUUGUCAUCAAAAUUAGCACUGCCGUGAUUCACUGACAAUCGAAUUUAAGUUGAAACGUUCAGGCAAUCAAGCGUUAGCUUUUUCCUUUCAAAUGUUAAAUAUAUUUAUUUUAAUGCUCAGACGUGAAUAUGAGAGUUUUACAAUUUGACGAGUCUGUUUUGAAAGAGAACCAGCGGCGGGUGUUUCGAAAUAGUGUAAUUCU